AGCUGCGUCGGAACCACAUAUCGACGAAGGUUUACCUGCUGGACGGACAGGCCAAUGCGGCCUUCAGUUCCUACUACAACGACGUCGAAGAGCGACUCGAAAGGAUGUCCCACGAAGACAUAGCACUUAGACGGAUACUGGCCAAGAGUCAGGGUCAAGUUGCCAGACUGGCCUUAAUCCUACACUGCCUUGAACACAUCACCAAGUCUUUCUUCCAGAAGGAGGAAGAUGUGAUCUUCGAACCCUUGGAUGUCAUCCCCUUGAAGAUACCAGCUGGGGUGAUGUACAAUGCCAUCAAUCUGAUCCAGCUCUGUGUUCGACACAAGAGGGCGCUGAUCAGUACAGAUUCAUCUACAGCACCGACCCCUGAGAAGAUAUCGAAGGUGGGCCUUUUACAAGGUCAGAAUUCGUUGAUCGGAGAUUCCAGAUUGCGUCAACAGCAGCAGCAACAGCAGCAGCAACAACAGCAGCAGCAACAACAGCAGCAACAACAGCAGCAAAAACAACAGCCACAACACCAACAGCAGCAUCAGCAGCCACAACAGCAGCAGCUACCUCAGCAACAUAAACUGCAGGUGCAUAUGCAACAACAGCAACAACAACUCCAACAGCACCUUCAACAGCAUCAGAAAGGUCAACGUAUCAUUGGUGAGGUAGUGAGAUCCUCAGAGGCUCUAACCUCGCAGCCUGCAACACUAGUGCCUGGUAAUGUUUCUCCUGCUCUAUUACAGCAGAGGCAGAUGAUCAAUAGAUCUGGAUCUGGCAAUCAGCCAUUGCAACAACCACAGGUUCAUGUUGGUCAGCUGGGUCAUGUACCACCGACUCUUACAUCAAUGUCUUCAACGUUGCUUCCCGCACAGUCUCGGCCAAUACCUGUUGGGAUCAGCGUGGUUCCCAAUGGGCCCCAAAUUGUCCAGGUGACCUACACACCGGAAGGAUCCAACAUCCCAGUCUCAGCGUCCUCUCAACAAGGACGAAACCCUGAACUGAUUCCAUUGAACAGUAUGACAGGAAGGCCCAUGAUUAAACCUAAACAAACUGUGCAAAGUGCGCAACGACUCAACCGCUUCAAUGUUUCUCUUCGGCCAAAAUCAAACGUGAUGCUUCCUGGAAAGAUGCUCUCCAGACCAUCGUCCAAGCUCUCGUCCGGAGCUUUGAAAAUCCUACGACGGGCACAGAAGAGGAGUCCAACCCCUGCCGUCGCCUUUCCAAAUGGUUGCCCAACCAGCGCCGACUUCAGGAACUUUGUGGUGCAGUGUCCUCUGAAGGCGCGUCGCGUUCUCACCCAUGGUUCUCUCAAGAUCGACUCUAUUUAUGUGGCGCAAAGGAAACUCUUUCCACCCGUGAUAUGCGAAGGACCCAACGGAAAGAAGCAAGUCAAGUACCCGACGAACGCCGCCCGUGCUUUUCUGACGGCUCUUGCCGAUGCGGGGCUUGGGGACAUGAUAUCUAGAGUGGGAAGUCGUUCCGGCAAAUCGACAUUCAAAAAGAAGAAUUUCAACGAACUCUCGCCGGCCGCUCUUGCUAUUCUUGGAAGGCUGAAUAUCACGGAAGCGCAGUAUCAAUACACUGAAAAUACAUUAUUUCCAUAAUCCAAAGGUGAGGAGAAUGUUGACAUGUUCAUCAUUUCAACAAAGAGAUCUGUACAACUGGAAUUAUCACUUGAGGAUCGUUGUUAAUCUUUCUGUUUGGAAAUAAGACAACUCAUUAGCAGCGCUGCAGCCGACGAAACAAUGAAAAUGGCUCCUUUUAAUUUCAAAACCCAAAGGAGAAAAUAUGUGUAAUUAUUUUUUGUUUUGUAAUAAGUUAUUAGUUACACUGCAGACAGUGAACCAAAUGGAUAAAGACCAUUUAGAUGUCAUGCCCCCAAAAUAACUGAUAUCAUAAUUGGAGAAUCGCUUUUAUUGUUUCCAUUUCUAAAUAAUGCAUAUAUCGCAGACUAUUUACAAGGAAUAACUCGUUUUAAUUUCAAAACCUUUCAAAACUAGGUCUACGUAAAAUGAAGAAUCUGUGCCAACUUAUUUUGAUUACGCACAGACAUAAUUAUACACGUAUUACUAUCGCAUUUGAGUGUCUUAUUUUACGUGAAAAUGCAGAUUAAAUAAUGGAAAGUAUGAAUAUCUGAUCUUCAAGUACU